AAAUGGAAAAUUUCUGGGUGAAGUUAAAAAAAAAAAAAGAUGACCCAUUUUGAAUAUUUGGGAGGCUUACAAUAAAGCUAAUAAUAAUAAUAAUCAUCCAUGAAUUAUAAAAAAUAAAAAAAAAUCAUCCACCGUUCUCAGUUGCCAAACAACACCACCCAAAAACAUCCAUAGAUUAAAAGAGUUAUCGAGAAAAGGACAAGAGAGGAGAGAGAAAGAGAGAGAGACACACACACAUGACACAACACAUGGACAUGCAAGUCACCGCAAACAGAACGGAAGAAGAGACUGGAAAGAGAAGGAAGAAGAAGAAAAAUUCAGACUAACACAGAGAGAAAGAGAAAGACAGAGAUUCUUAAUAUUGGAUUGGAUCGUUUUGCAGGAUCAUAAAUUAGCUUCUAAGAGACAUUGAACUCCCCAUUCUCUCUCCAUUUCUGGCGCAAAAAGGAUGUUUCUGUCUUAUUUCACUUGGAUUACUGGUUUCUGCUUGACUUAUCAUCUUAUCUUGAUGAAAAUGAAAUGGGAUGCCAUUAAUAUAAAGAUUGUAAUUGCCUCUAUUACAAAUUAGUGCAUGUAAGGGCAAUGGGGAUUUGACAUGGCUAGGAAACUUGUAUCUCAUUUGGUUGCUGAGGACAUAGAUAAGAAACUUGGUUCUGAUACAUGAAUGAAGUGAUAGUAGUUAAAUAGACUAUAAAGUAGAAGAUUUUAAGCUAAACAAAUUUAGAUUGAACAUUUUAGUCAUAUUUGAAGAUGGGCUUGCCUCAAGUUUCCUCAGGCAGUAUUGCCGAGGAAGUGGCGGCAUCCUUGAGCACAUUUGUGCAGAACCCACCUAGGAUUGCUGGUGUGAGCAGUUGUGAUUUGAGUGGGUUGCAUGGAGGAAACCUCGGCAAUCGAAUGCAGGUUGAUUUGCCGUGCUUUUCUUUUGGAGGAUUCCAACGUAAAUCCAUUGCGGAGCUUCCAAAGGAACACGACUUUUUGAAUGUGCAUAAGGAUGGUAGAUCGAACAUGCAUGUAUUGAACAUUGGCUCUAUGGAAGAACAUUGCUGGCCGACUCAGAAAAGUGUACAGAAUGUUCAUACACCUGUUUCUAGGAUUGUUGGUUUUGAAUCAACCACCUUAAGCUCUCCUCUAAAUGUGGCAGAUGGACUUCAACAUUCUUCAACUGAAAUCACAAGUGAUGUGAACGAGGCAAGUGGGUCGCUUGUCCGGAAGCGGCUAUUAUCUCCUUUGAAUGGAAUGCUUCUCCAAGAUCAAUUGAUUGAUGAUCUAGACAUUGGUAGUAGUGGAGUUUACAAGAGUGAUUCCUUGAGAAGUAAUGCAAGUUUAAAAGUUCAUGCUCAGCAAGACAGCAAGAAAGCUCAUAUAGGGGACUCAAAAUACUUUGGGAGUGCUGACUGGUCUGCCUCUUGUUUUGCAGAAUGGAAGAGUUCACCAGAUGACAAUUGUGGUGCGAAAUUCAUUUUCUUUACGGAUGGCCCUUUAUUCGAAAACAAGGAUUCAGAACCUCCCAAUCAUUUUCUAUCGUCACCUGGAAUUCAUUGCUCUAAAGAGUCUAUCAUAAAGUCUCAAACCGGAGCAAUAACUAUUCCUCAUAAAAAGCUGGCCUCACCUCCACUCUCCUUGUCUCCUCUUGGUCCAAAGUUUCAUGAAAGAAUGAGACUAACAAACAAUAAUACUAUGACAAAGAUAGAAGAUGAUAAUAUAACAUUAAAGGACAUGGAACAGUCACUCAAUGGAACUCUUGCAGGCUCUUUAUCUUCCUGGAGUAAACAUUCUUUUAAGAUGUCAAGUAAAUCACCCGAGGAGCAUGAUGUGCUGCAAAAGUUUGACCUUUUCUCUGGAGUCAACAUGGAAGGAUAUUGCAGUCAGAACUUGGAGUUUACUCCUCCUCAAGGUUUCAGAUCAGUUAGAACCCUGAGCGGCCUUCCUGUUAGAAGGUCCUUGGUUGGUUCAUUUGAGGAAUCCCUGUUGUCUGGUCGGUUGUCGUCUGGGAAACUUAGUCAGAGAAUCGAUGGUUUCCUUGCUGUUCUAAAUGUUACCGGAGGGAACUUCUCACCAAAGCCGCAGAAACUUCCAUUUGCAGUAACCAGUGUGGAUGGGGAAAACUACUUACUUUAUUAUUCCUCAAUAGAUCUCGCAGGGACCACAGAAUCGAACAACUCUAGAGGCUCCAAGAUGAAAAGGAGCCUUAGCAUUGAUAAAUCAGGAAUAGAAAAGAGCAGACUGCGCGUACCUAUGAAAGGGCGCAUACAAUUGGUCCUCAGCAAUCCAGAGAGGACUCCAAUACACACAUUCUUUUGUAACUACGAUUUGAGUGACAUGCCAACCGGUACAAAGACAUUUCUGCGCCAAAAGGUCACUCUGGCCUCUUCUCCGCCUGCUAAUGGCGGCGGUGUUCUGCGUUAUGCUCUUCAUGCGCGCUUUAUAUGCCCUUUACCUAAGAAAAGUUCAAGGUCAUUGCACAGAUGUAAAUCUGAUCCCUCAUCAGAACCGGCAAGAAAUAAGGACAUCGAUGGGGAACGCCGCUUCUACCUGUACAGUGAUUUGAGGGUGGUGUUCCCUCAGCGCCAUUCAGAUUCCGACGAGGGAAAGUUGCAUGUGGAAUAUCAUUUUCCUUCAGAUCCAAAAUACUUUGAUAUCAGCAACUAAAGUUUCCUCUUAUCAGAAAAUAACCAUGUAUAUUUUUUCUGUAAAUAUUUGUUAUGUACAUUCAGUCCCUCGUCAUCCUUCGGGUGAUUACCCAAUUUAACUGUAAAUAACUUUCAUCUCUCAAUAAAUCGUU